AUAUAAGAAUGUAAUCCUAAUCGUUAUUGGAACAUAUUGUAGAGAGAGAGAGAGAUGGGAUUAUUUGGAGAGAAGGAAGAAACACUGGUGAAGGAGUCAUGGGAGAUACUGAAGCAAGACAUCCCCCGACACAGCCUUCGUUUCUUCACCAUAAUAUUUGAGAUAGCGCCUGCGGCGAAGGGCAUGUUCUCGUUCAUGGAGGGCUCCGAUGAGAUCCCUGAAAACAAUUUCAAGCUCAAGUCACACGCUGUCAAAGUCUUCAAGAUGACAUGCGAAUCGGCGAUUCAGCUCCGGGAAAGCGGCGAGGUCGUGGUGGCGGCCACCACCCUCAAGGACCUGGGGUCCCUCCAUCUCAAGAAAGGGGUCAUUGAAGCCCAUUUUGAGGUGGUGAAGGAGGCACUGCUAAGGACGAUAGAGGAAGGAGUUGGGAAUAAGUGGGGUGAGGAUAUGGGGAGUGCAUGGAGUGAAGCCUAUGACCAAUUGGUUGCUGCCAUUAAAGCUGAGAUGAAUUCAGAGGCUGCUGCUGCUCAGCUCCCGUCAUCAAUCUCUGAUGAUGGCCCCUUUGAUGGUGAGGAACAAAAUCAAUGAGCGAGUAAUUAACGGAAAAUAGAGUGGAUGAGGAAUGGAACUAAAGGGGAAUAAAAAUGAAUGAUAUUAUUGUUUGGUAAUGCGGAAUGAGAUAUAAGCGUUCUACAUUGAAUUACUACAUCUAAUGUAUAAUGUAUGAAGUGUCCGUUUUAAGAAAAUGAAAAUAAUGAACGAAUGAUUAAUCUUUUUAUUACAAA